UCCGCUCAGUGUGCGCUUGUCGAAAGACUCUGUUUAGUUCUAGUCUGUUGAUCCGGGGAGCUUUCGCCAACUCGAUGUCGGAAGGUGUGAGCAAAUUCUCCGCUGAGAAUGGCGAGGCCAAAGUGGACAUCGGAGACUCUGGCGAUUGCCUCGUGGGACUCUCGAAGGCCGAAGUUAUGAAAUAUGCGACGAACCCCACUUGGAUUAUGCUGAGGAGAACCCUUUUCUUCUUGUUCUGGGCGAUCUGGGUUGCUAUGUUGGUCGGAGCAAUCUUCAUUAUUAUAGUGACGCCCCGGUGUCAGAAAGGAUUGGACCCCAAGUGGUUUGAGAAAUCACCCAUCUACACGAUUCGAGUCGACUCUUUCGCUGAUUCGGACGGCGAUGGCGCGGGUGACUUGGCCGGGUUAACAGAUAAGCUCGAUUACAUCAAACAUGAAAUCUCUAUUAACGCCAUCGCUCUCGAAGGUCUCUUGGAGAAGAGCGACCUCCACGCCAUCCAGGGUCGUCAGGGCUCUGAGAACGACUUCAAGAACCUCGCCUCACAAAUCAAAGUGAUCUUGAAGCUGCCGCUCGUUCCCGAGGUUGAUCUGGAGAAGCUACGGAAAUGGGCGGAACUUGGCGCGGCCGGCUUCAUCCUGGAAGAGUUCGACGACAUGAGCUCGCAGUAUUACGAAGCUAUGCCCCGAUGGAGGCAAACGAUUUUCAACACUUCCGAUUCUCCGGACUCAAAGCUGCUCGCCCUAUCGAGUUCACAGUUCAAUCAGCUCCGGGAAGAGCACUGCAAUCACGUGGACAUGAUUCUCAAUUACGACAUGAUAAGACUGCCACAGGCUUUCAUGAGCACGGAUCUCCACGCUGCUCUCGGAGAAACGCACACGUCGAAAUGUCGAACCAACUUCGUGCUGGGUAUGGCGAACGUUUCGCCGUUUGUGACCCGUUUCGAGCCGCGUUCUCUCAUGGAGGCUCUAUUGAUAUUCAACUUGCUUUCGGACUCGACACCGAUUGUCUAUUACGGCGAUGAGUACGGCAAGCGAGACACCAGCUCGGAGCCGAAAAGCAGGAACAUAGUCCCGAUGCCAGACCCGAGGACGGGGCUCAUGGACUGGAUCGAUCUCGCGCGCGUUCGAAUCGACUCGGCGCCGUCCAUCUACAAGGUAUUCACCGCGGCGGCGAAACUCCGGAAGCUCGAAGCAUCAAUUUAUCAAGGCUCGACGUCUCUGAGGGAAUCGGAUUCCGUUUUGUCGAUGUCAAGGGUGAAGAUCGGAUAUCCAGGCUUCGUCGUGGUUUCCAACUUCGCCACCGAGAAGAAAACGAUCAAUUUGCUAACAACGGUAUCCAGACUUAUACCCGAAAAUGGCAACGUGGCAAUGACUUCUACGAAUUCGAAGCAUCUCAAGGAUGAGAAGCUGAAGCUCAAUGAGCUCAGCAUAGAAGCUGGAGAGACCCUGGUGAUAGAAUUCGUGCCCGAGAAGGAGACGUGAGUGGUGGGAACAGUCCGUUCUCUGGAAAGGUGCGAUAGAUGAAAAAUAUAAAUCGGAAAUAGGGGAAAC